UAACAUACUAAUAUAUUAUUUAUACUACGUUUUAUUCAAAUUAUUCGUGCAUAUUUUGCAUAUUUUUCGUGCAUAUUUUGGAUAUUUUUCAUACAUACAUAUUUUGCAUAUGCAUGUUAGAUAUUUAUCGCGCACAACUUCCGCAUUCUACCUAUCAGAAAUCGAUUUUUUUUUACGAGAAUCGAGCACCCCUAACGUCUAUUGUUCGUCGCGAUGGCCCCCCUCGGCUUGGUCCCCCCAAUCGGGGGCAUCGAUAGGGGAGAAGGUCCCCUUCCUCCAGUCCCCGCGCAUAAGCAGCGUUUACCGGGAGUGUUCGUAGAGUAUACGAGAGUCGCCAUUUAGCAACGUGAGAGACGCGUGUCUCUCGAAAGUAGAUUUUUACAAGUGGCGGUUUCGCCGGAUGUAUCGAAUAUAUACUCGGAAUCGUAACGAGUCUGUGGUGAUCUUGAUCUUUUUUUUUUUUGCUGUGUCACGGGGCCGAACACGAUCGUGGGUCCGGUAGAGUGACGCGUUCUAUACGAAUGCGUAUGCGUGCCUUGCUACUGUUCACGGAUAAUGGGCAAGGACGAUCGUUUCAGUUUCUCCUAGCACGUUGUUUGUUUACCUGAUCAGACGCGACGGUAUCGAAAUACGACCAAGUUGCCAACGACAUCUCUUCGACGUGUUUGCUACGAGAACGACUAAUUCGUCCCAGAAGUGUUCCCCUUGUGUCAGUCAUAUGUUCCAACGUUCCAACGAAUGUGCGAUAUUUCACAUGGAUUACCGUCGACUAUCGCAGUGUUUCGCGACGAGCUGGUCGAUAUUCAACGAUAACGAACUUCCUCAGUUGGUGAAACUAAAUAACAACAAUAAUAAUCGUAUUCUUAAAGGAAACGCGUGGUGUGUUGUGUUUCAGUGGAAGACUGUUAGUCUGUUCUAACGGACGCGAAGUAUUUCUUAAAAACAAAACGUAACGAAUAGGAGGAUGACAACGAUUAUGUUCCGCGAGGAAUAGUCAUUGUGACCGACGUUGCUUCGAGAAUGAAACGCGAAGACAUUCGUUCCGCUGUCGGCUGCAUCCAUGCGAAGAUUUUCUUCGUCGAUAGUUAGGUUUUUCCGGAGAGGACGCAAAUGUUCGUUACACCGUGCGAAAGGAUACGAGAAGAAGAUUGCGUUGACUCGCUAUGCUACGGUGAGGACUUCUCACACAAAGGUGGUGUUCCUUCGAAUCAUGUUGAAAUAUAAGUUGGACUUUACGCAACAUAAAAGAUUAUUCAGGAACGGUUGUUCGGUAAUUGUGCAGUGUUGAAUCUUUUCUUCGUAAAAUGAACGAUACCGGUAUACUGCUCCCAAGCAGCCAUCGCUGUUUGCAUAGAGGAUUGAAAAGAUAUCCUAGUAUCGAUAAAAAGAUCUGGGAUCCAAGUAGUAAUUGGAUUCUUCAAUGGGAUAAUAUCGUGAAGCACCCAGGUGCUAGGGCAAGAGGAUGCCAUUGUGACAUUCAUAAACCGCCAUGGCUAUAUCCAGACUUAGUUGGAAAAAGUACCGAUGAACCUGACCGGGCGAUUAAAUCUGCUCCUGUGAAAAGGACAGCUGUUCCUCCAAAAAGAGGACAAUUUGGACCAGCUAAAACUCCAUCUUCUGCUAUAGCUCGACCAGGUAACCCAGCACCCAUGGUUCCAAGGGCACCAACCACCAAAAGAAACGUGUCUGUAAAAUCGACACCAGGUCAGGCAGGUUCCGUGGACGAAGAGACGUUUCUUACAGCGUUUGAAGAUGUACCAGCGGUCACGUUGUUUUCAGCAAAAGAUCUCGAAGAACAGAUGAAAGUUAUAAAAGACGUCGUUGGUGAUGAUAAAAAAGAUUGGAAACAAAGAACAGAAAGUAUGAAGAAGUUAAGAUCUAUCAUUAUCGCGGGAGGAGUAAACUACGAGAACUUUCUAGAAUGUUUGAAAAACGUGCAAAGACCUUUUGAAGUUGCUUGCAGCGAUCUUAGGUCACAAGUUGUAAGGGAGGCGUGUAUUACUCUAGCAUAUCUUAGUCAACAAUUGAAAAAUAAAUUUGCUAGUUUCGGAGAGGCGGUUUUACUCACAUUAAUGAACCUCAUACAAAAUAGUGCCAAGGUUGUCGCAACCGCUGGUGCCGUGGCUGUGAGGUUUAUUCUUCAAAAUACACACUGCAGUCGUUACGUGCCAAUUAUCUCCUCCUGUUUAAGUAACAAAAGUAAAGACAUAAGACGAGCUUCAUGUGAAUAUCUAAAUCUAAUUCUACAAACGUGGCCUACCCAAAUACUGCAGAAACAUGUACAAACAUUGCAAGACACGAUUAAAAAGGGUAUCGCAGACUCGGACUCGGAAGCUAGAGCUUUCGCUAGGAAAUCGUAUUGGGCAUUUAAGGAUCAUUUUCCUGAGCAAGCAGAAGCGUUGCUAAAUAGUCUUGACACUGCGUACAAACGUUCGUUAAUGUCUCUUAGCAAUAGUGGUAGUAUUAACAGUGUAAACGUAGUUACAAGGUCAGCGAGUAUCAGUCCGAGAACAUCGAGACCAGUAAUGAGCGCCACAGGUAGUACGGAAAAUUUGCAUCAAACUUCGGGUCAACCACAUGGCUCCCUCAGACGUACUCCGUCCUUGCCACGGUCUUAUCGCCAGUCUGGUAUCCCAGUUCUACAAAGACCCACUGAUAAUCAUUAUCGUCCAACCACAGGCGUUAGAUCGACUAGCGCUAUAGACUUGCAAGCCGCACAAAGAGCGAAAGCGAGGAUGAUGUAUGCGAAUAUCAGCAGACAGAAAGCAUCUCUCCCCCGUCCAACUAAGUCACCAGACACUGCAACAGUUGCUAGUCCAGAAAGAACGGCAAGGACGCGAACGAGAAUGGCCGGAGUGUCGCAAUCUCAACCCAGCAGUCGAUCAGGAUCACCGUCGUCUAGGCUGAGUUAUGCGACGUAUAAUCGCGAAGGAGAAUCCUUAAUAGCGAGACCCAGGCGAUUACCCAGUCACGGAAUCAGGAGCACUGGCAAUAGCCGUGAACCCAGCCCACAAAGGUUUGGAAUGGAUAGGAGUUUUGCCACAAAAAUACGGGGAAGGAGUUUACAUAUGUCUCCUACGGACAGGCCUCAGUCUAGGCCAGUUAUGGCACAAAAGAUGCUUCAACAAUCGCGCGAAGCGGAAUCAGCGUUAGCGGAUGCACUUACGUUUGAUAAUAUCGACAGCUAUACCAGAACACCAAGGGGGAAAGGUGAUCACAGCGAUGACAGUGAAACUAGCAGUAUAUGUUCAGAGAGGAGUAUGGACAGCUUCAGGCGACCGAAUGAUUCGUUCUCAUGGAGUGGCUCUCAACAAAGACUGUAUCGUGAUAUGUGGGAUCAGUCUAUCCCAAAGGACAUUAAGGAAAUUAUUGAAAAUUGUGCGCAUAAACAUUGGGGAGAUAGGAAAGAAGGUUUAGUGGGAUUGCAGCAUUUUCUAUCGAACGGAAACACACUCACGGCGACCGAGUUACGCAAAGUGACGGACAUCUUUACCAAAAUGUUUAUGGACUCUCAUACAAAAGUGUUCAGUUUAUUUUUGGACACGCUGAACGAACUGGUAGUUACCCAUAACGAAGAUCUCGGCGAUUGGCUGUACGUGUUGUGCGCGAGACUGAUGAACAAAUUAGGUACCGAUUUACUUGGUUCCAUACAAGCAAAAAUCCAUAAGACACUCGAUGUUGUCAGAGAAUGUUUCCCAGGAGAACAACUCCUGCCCGCAGUGAUGAGGUAUUUGACGGACCCGACACAAACGCCGAAUUCUCGUGUAAAGGUAGCCACGCUUACGUUCAUUACGCAAAUCGCAGAAUCGGCGGAACCGUCUGCGCUUAACAACUCCGCAGGGUCAGCUCUGGCGAGGCUACUCGAUUGGUCCAAUGACGUUAAAAGCCAAGAUGUCAGGAGACAUGCACAAAACGCUGUCAUAUCAUUGUAUAACUUAAACCCCCCGAAAGUGACCAUGAUACUGGGUGAAUUACCCAAGCAUUAUCAAGAGGCAGCAUUUCCGUUAGUUCAGAAUCAUCUGAGAAAAUCCUCGGGUUCGAGUAAUCCAGCGUCACCUGGUACACCACCUCCCAGAGCACAAAGUUCACCGGCACGCUCGAAACCUAAAGGCGACGUCGAUAAUGCCGAUGAGAACUUGGAGGAGGUUUACAAAUCGUUGAGACGCACGACGGCAGAAAUUCAGAAUUAUGGUUUCGAGCGUUUAGAAAGAGCAACCACCAGUAAAGACAGUGGGAUCAGUAAUAUGGCUGACGUGGAAGAAAAAAUGGAAGGUCUCACGUUGUGUAAUUCGGGUCGAUCGUCUUCCGUUUCUUCGCCUACACAGAGAGGACGAUCGGUUACAAACAUUACGGUGAAUGGUUCGAGUGAUACUAUUGCGGGCGACUUAAUCCUACCUCAGGAAAAUAAUGGUUACAAAACACACGGGUCGUCGCCUGAUUUGGCAAGCAGGCCAGAAAAUUUAGACAAUAUAACUAAGAUAUUGCGGUCGAAGACAAGGUCUACUGAAGAAAAAGUAUCAGCUCUACAGGAGUUUCAGCAGUACAUUCGAGAAGGAGACGCCUCGUACAUGAAACAAAAUUUCAAGAAAAUACUCAAAACGUUACUAGAUAGUCUGACUAACGAUAGCAAGAAACUGCAAGUGGAAGUACUUCAGACGCUAAUCGAUAUGCUUAAGUGUCCAGACCUUGUGGACAGUUUUUCCGUGUAUCCUGAGUUGCUUGUUUUGAAAGUAAUUACCGUAUACAAAUUGGACGACCAGAAACAAGAUACUUCUAGCAGCGGCAACACGAGAACUUCAAUUUUUUGGAUGGCAGAAAAAUGUGCCGCAACGAUAGCGAUGGUUCUGAAACCGGAACCAAUCAUUCAUUUAGUAUCAACUAUAAUUACUACCGAACCGUAUCCUCUGAACAUGGGAGCGAUAAAAAUGCUGCACAAAGUAGUGGAACAUUGGGGUCGAGAUGCGAUAGAGCCUCACCUGUCGAAGGUUAUGCCUGGUCUUAUUAAGGCGUACGACGAUCACGAAAGCGCGGUCCGGAAAAGCGCCGUAUUUUGCAUGGUAGCGAUACACUUGGCAGUCGGGGAGGAGGUAUUGAAGCCUCAUCUCAGCUGUUUGUACAUCAGCAAACUGAAGCUUUUAAAUAUCUACAUACAACGCGCGCAACAAGCAAAAAGUCAACCGGCGAGUCCACGUAGUAAUAAUAAAAAUUAACUAACAUCAAAUUCCGCGACGCUUAGGAUCGCGAUACUUAAGAGAUUUGCCCGUUUAGGCGCAAGGCACGAACGAAUGCUGCUUAGUUUUUUGAGUAAGUCCAAUCCGUGACAACGCAAGCCGUACAAGUCGAAGUUUCUUCGACGCGGUAGACGGAUCUGUACGACUUCACGACAGGGUGUGUGUAUAUGUGCGACAUACCUGAACUCCUGACAGUGGUGUUGCACAAAACCAGAUAGUGUACAAAUGUACGGACAUUGUUUUGUUUGCCAAAAAUUUAUACCUGUUGCAGUGUAAGAAGAUUGAAGAAUGUUGAAGAUUUUUUUUAACAGUUUUUAUAUUCAGUCAUUCGCCGCGAAUCGCUUUAAGGUAUAAGAUUUUUCACUCGAGAUACACGUGUGUGUGUGUCUUUUAUCGAUACGUUACAUAGUCGUACUAAGUUGCAGUGUUGCAUCGUAUGAAGAAAAAGCUUUUUAGAACUUUCUCUCGUAUAUUAUGUUGUAGUUUGAAAAGACAGUGCGACAUCACUGCCGAGAGGAUCAAAUUAUUAUACUUCAUAAAGCAGAGUGUACGUGAACGCCAAUUACGCGGAUAUUCGGUAAACAUUGUAUAAAAUGCGUCGUACGCUUGUAUGCCGAUUUAAAAACAUCGCUGAUUGCAUCGUGUGCAACGAUAGGUUGCUAUGCACGUUGCGAUCCAUCGAUAAACAGAAAAAUACGUUGUGAACGUUUCAAAACGAAAAUAAGUGACACGCUUUGGUAUCGGCGCUGUACGAUCAGUGGGGAUGAAUAAAUCGUAACAAGUAUUUCUUUUUCGCAUUUUAGUAUUAACGAAGGCCCGCGCGAAUAUCGUAUUUGUUUGAUAACGUCAACGCGAGUGUGUUUGGUGUCGUGAGGGUUCUUACGUACGUAGAAUCGAAAUGUUGAAAAAGUAAAGAUUUAUUUAUUCGUUGAAAAUUCAUGUGCUAGUCAAAUUUCAAAGGACGCACAAUGACCUAAGAGACGUACACAACAAGUAGUCGAAACUUUUCAAGAAAACAGGAAUAAUAAUGCAUGAACGCAGUGAAACAGUCUGCGAGAGAUACAGGGAGAAUGCGAGAGAGUGAAUGAGAGAGAUUACAUAUGAACGUUAGAUUCUUAUAAAUUUCCUAAUAAGUUUUUUAAUUUUUCUGGAUUACAUUUGAACAGAAAGCGACAAAACCAAACUAGUCUAAACUAUUUCUUCAGACCACGUCACCUGUAAUUGCAAUGUGCUAAUUAUAUCGUCUUAACUGUACAUAAUCUGAUUGACACGUUAAAUAUUGCGCCAGUUGGCAAAACGUUGUAACUUUUUUCGUUACUUUUUUCAUUAUUUUAGACGAAAUGUUUUUAAUUUAUUAUUACAACAAUCGACAUAGCAUUUCUGUAUCUUAUGAGCACUAUCUUCUUUUUCUUUUAAAUUUAUGUCGAGGUCUUGUUUAGACGAUUCUUGUUUAGAAGAUCAACUUAUUUCAGAAUAUUGUAACACACACUUUAUUAUUUUCUAUCUCUUCAUAACAGAACUGUUUGGUAAAGUUCGAAACCUAACGUUUUAUAGGUGUCGUGUAAACUUGUUCCUUGUUUUCUUAUCUUAUGUUUAUAGUUUACACACUUGGAGUGCGUCCCUCUUUAUACGUCAGUAUGAAAAGAACGUCAAAUAUAAAAAGCUUAGCGUUUAAUGCGUUAAAACAUUGCACUCAAAGAUGACUCAGACCGAAGAAAAAGUGGUAUAGACAUUUUAGCUUUCUUGUCAUAUCAGGUGACGACUCUACAAUCUAGAUAAUACAAUUAACCCUGUGAGUGCUGAAUACUCUUGACCAAGAAACGAAAGAAACAUUAAAAUGUAAAAUAUAUCUUUAACUUGCAAACUGACGAAUUUAAUAAACGUAAUGAAAAAAAAUGGAAAACACUGAUAAGUGUAUCUCAAACAAGAGAUCGAAAAGAUUGACAACCGCAUAUACACAUCUAUACAGGGUUUCCCAAAACUCGCGUAGGAGCUGGAAAUGGGGGGUAGCUGAGACGAUUCUGAACAACAAUUUCCUUUGCAAAAAUGUCAGAUGGGGCUUCGUUAAGGAGAUAUUAACAGAAAACCCCGACUAAUCAGAGCGCGCGUAUACCGUUAGAGCGGCCGUGCUUGUACGCAAACAAGUGACUCGACGUGCAUCGAAGGACAUUGACGCGGCCGCCUAGCGCGUAGCCUUCGCUACCACGGUCGCUCCAACGGUAUACGCGCGCUCUGAUUGGUCGGGGUUUUCUGUUAAUAUCUCCUUAACGAAGCCCCAUCUGACAUUUUUGCAAAGGAAAUUGUUGUUCAGAAUCGUCUCAGCUACCCCCCAUUUCCAGCUACUACGCGAGUUUUGGGACACCCUGUACACUGAUAGGUUUCUCUGAACGUAUGUCCAGAGUAUACGUGCACAGCACUCAAUUGGUAAAACGAAAAAAAAAGGUUAAACCAUUGUAAUUGAAGAGAUAAAAGAAAAAUCUUAAGCGCGUGGAAUGGUUUAGUUUUAUCGAUUUUUGUUUGCGCGUGAUCUGAAAUAAUCGGAAAACCAAUUUGUAGGAAACUAACGUUAAUAUUUAAAAUUAUUCAUCACGUUGCCAAUAAUAAAACGAAUGCUGAAUCAAAGCUAACAUAAUGAGGUUUAGUAAAAUUCUGUGCCAUUGUCGUUUCCGUUUUACUAUAUAAGGAUAAAAGUACACAUAAAUAUGUAGAGAUCUCCCUUCGUCUUUUCCUACCGUUAACUCGGGAUAAUGAAAUAAUUUAACGGAUAAAAUUGAAAGUGAAAUCAUCGAAGUGUCAAAAACAAAUAUUGCGUACGAAAUUCGACGGUGUCCUUUCUUUAUAGACGAAAGAGAAUAUCAUGUGCAAAUUACGUUCACGCAUGAAAUGUCCUCAAGAUUGAAACUCCUCAAGAUUGAUAACGCUAUGUUCUAACGCGUAUCGAUUAGAAGAGACGGCCAAACAGUGCCAAACAGAGGUAUCGGACGAAGUCCGGACGAGGGGAAGAAAGCAAUUAAACCCGAACGUUCGAGUGUCAGGGCUAUUUCUUUUACUUGGUGCCUUUGGCGUCGUCGGAUCGAGAUUUGUUCGGGGAUCGUCUUUCAUUAUCUUGUAAAAAGUGAAAGCUAUCAUUGAAGCGAGCGUAGUUUGCAAAUAGCGAGAGUCUCCCAUGUUCAUCGACGUCGCGAGAACUGAUGACGAUUGAACUUUGCGUAAGGGUUUCCCAUUCGUUGUCGUGACGCAGCUAACCAGAUUCUACCCUCACGUUCGUUUCGCUACUCUGUUGUAAACGAGGAACGAAUCGUGUUCCUCGUUUUAACGAUAUAUAAUGCAUUAUCGUCAUCGUCAAAGAAUGUAUCAUCUAUUUUCAUAGAGCGUUAAAGCCGCACGACGAAUUAUUGUACGGGUGUGAAUCGUUGUCACCACUUGCUCUUCGGAUUACGGGCAUGACAAAUGGUUUUGUUUACGGAAAAUUGCUGCGAUGUUGUACGAUAUUAUUCCCGAUGGGUUCUCGGGUGUGAGUGACCGGUUGAAGGCAAGGGAGAGGAGAGGGCGGUAUGCGGAGAAUAUACAGAUUUAGCGUAACCAUUGUAAUGUUAUCCAGCAUGAACUGUAACGUUCCGUUUGUCGAUGUUCUUUUGCAAUCCAUUUGUCAUUGACUUUUAUUUAAAAAUCGAUUUAGAGUUUAACCUGGUGUGUGCGGAUCGUGUAUAUAUAUACAUAUAUAUACAUAUUAUAAAAUAUAGAACCUAAUGUAACUAUUAAUACGGAUUAGGUAGCUCACCGUCACUGCCUGCAGCGUUUUGGUUGUGCUGAGAAUAUAUGCGGGUCUUGGCACCGCUGGACUCUGCGUGGUGUCGCAAUCGUUUAUAAAGAGAGCGAGAGAGAGAGAGAGGGAAGAAAAAGAAUUGCUUCUUUUGUUAAGUUUUCGAACAUUAUUAUUGAUAACACGGUUUACAUUAUAUUGAUUAACGCGUGUAUGAUACGUAGAUACGAAGAAUUACAUUACAACAUAUUAUUGAGAUCUUUGCCACUUACGACGACCGAUGAGCAGACUACGCGAAUUCUUUCUAUGCGUAAAUCGUUCGUUGCGUCGAUUAUAGACAUAUACUUCCGCUGUUUGUUUUUACACGAUAAAAGGAAAUGAAGGAUCAUGCAUAAUAAUUCAUUGUAAACUCGAAAGGUGUCAUCGUGAGGAUUUCCGCGUCAGUGACCAUGCGCGAAAUGUUUCCACAAUUUUCGACCGUUGGAAACGAAUGUUGAUUCGAAUUAUUUUAAACAAUUGAGCAAUUUCGAUUGGAUAAAGCGUAUGGGCUAGAAUUGGCAAGAUUUUGUUACAAAUGAAGAAUACAAAUUCGAGAGUUAUUCGCGAAAUUAAAAACAACUGAAACCUUGAAACUGCUUACACGUUAAUGUGAUGGAAAGAUUCAUUUGUUCUUAUUGUUACUAAUACUUCUGCAAUUUGUAUUCCUUUUUCCAAAUAAAAUGUGGACACAUUUAUCGUAAGAAAUCGCUGCGAUGUGAAAAAAACAUACGCUUCUAUGGAGCCGUGGCGUGUCGAUAACGAUUAACGUACGAAGAUUUCGAUUUUCAACCGUGUUAAGGGGUUAGUCGCAGUCAGGAAAAUGAAAACGGACACUUUCUUGUGUGUUUUUUUUAGGGCUUUAAAUAAUAAUUUUUAUUAAUGAAAUUUAAAUACAUGACAAAAUAUAUCUUAAAGAACUAUAAACAAAUUUUUGUUUUAAAAGAGGGUUAAUUCAUUUCGUCAUAACAGGCGAUGGUGUGAGUGGCCAUUUUGUUUGCGGUGAGCAAGAUUUCUCCAAACUGGUAUACCUGAAAACAAAAAUAAAGGUAGAUUUGGAGAAUAUAUUAGACUAACGGGUCCCUGAUCGAAGGAUUUUGGAAAAAAUUAAUUUAAAACAAAGUGACGUACAUUUGAAAUUGAAGUUCAAUUUUCAUUAUAAAAUUAAGUGAUUAAAUACAGAAUAAAAAGAAAAGUAUACAAGAAAAUGAAAAAUCCUUCGAUCAGGGACCCAUUAGUUUAAUAUAUUUUCUAAAUCUACCUUUAGUUUUGUUUUUAGGUGCACCAGUUUCAAGAAAUCUUGCUCACCGCAAAUCAAGUGGCCACCCAUGCCAUCGUCUGUUAUGACGAAAUGAAUUAACCUUUUUUUAAAACAAAAAUUCUUUUAUAGUUCUUUAAGGCAUACUUUGUAAUAUAUUUACAUUUCAUUCAUGAAAAUUAUUAUUUAAUACCUUAAAAAAAACACAAGAAAGUGUCCGUUUUCAUUUUCCUGACUGCGACUAACCCCUUAACCGAAGACGACAGUUUCGAUAUUACUAUUAUUAUUAUUAUUAUUAUUAUUAUUAUUAUUAUUAUUAUUAUUGCACGGACAAACUCGUGCCGAUUCUCUUCGCUUUGUAUAAUAUUCGUUUGAGCGCGACCAAAUGAAAUAAGAUAAACUUUUGCACCGCAGACAUGGCUAUUAAUUCUGUUAACGCUGAACAUUUUUUGGUAAUUUUCGUACGCACAGAUGUACUUCUUAAUAUUUCCUGAAUUUCCUUCUUUUCAUUUCCAGAAAGAAGGGGAAUCGACGAGAAUCGCAAAAGGAAAAUUGUUUGAAUCGCCGAUAUAUUUAAUACGCUAAUCUCACUAGUAUUAGAGAAUAUAUUUUAUAUGCGAACGAUGAAUAGUCGGUUGCUUCAUAUGUCUGUCAAUAAAUGAAAUUGAAAAUAUUUCUAGUCCCGUGUUUGAACGUAUGGGAUCAUCUAAUUUGUUGUACUUGUUUUUUUUUUCUAGCGAUACUAACCGUAAAUGACGUCAAUAAAUGAAAUUGGGUGGAUGACACGAGAUUAGGAGUGACAGAAUUAAUAUGCAAUACUGCUGCAAAAAUUCGCAAAUAAGAAACCAUUUGUAUGACAAGUCCAUUACGUUAGAACAUGUUGUCUGGCUACACGUUACUUUUAACCGUCGAUCUUAUAUGAUAUACACAUAUGCAUACGUAUAUUUAUGAAGCUCAUGUAAUUAAAUCUCGUAUUUAAUUUGCGUUCUUCGAUUGAUGAAAUUUGCGCCAGAAUAAAACCAAUUGUCGGAUACUUUCAAAAGUUUCAGUUUGUAUGUUUUAUUUAAACCAGUAAAACGAA